GGUUUUUAGUUCCUACCUGCCUACAUACUAGACUGCCUAUCGGACUGCCUGCCUAGGACCACAGGAGCUAUGGGAUUCCACCAGGUUGAAAUAAGGAUUCAAGCUGUGUCUCUCGCGGCCUGGGGGAUCUCUACUACAGAGAUUGCUGCAUCUUUAGGACUUUCCCAGCGAACUAUCCAAGAAAUCUACAAACGUGCAAAGGCCGGAGGAUUCGACUCUACCCAGGAUAUAAGGAUCAAAAUUGAAUUUGUGGAAGACGCCAAAUGAUCUGGUCGGCCUAAGGAGAUCACUGAACAGAUUGAAACGCCAUGAUUUAAUCAGUUACUAAGGAUUGAGCCGGUAGAGAGAGAUCUUUAGAGAUCUUAGCUUAUGAAGCUAGUAUAUCUCAUUCCUCUAUAUUGCGCAUAUUGAAGUGUUAUGGAUUUGUUAUUGCAAAGCCCUCUUGGAAACCUGGACUUACUGACGCUGCAAGGCCAAACACCUGAAGUUCUGCCUAGAUCACGAACACUGGACCCUGGACGAUUGGAAAAAAUUUUAUAUGGACUGAUGAAACCUCUGUGGUUCUUGGACAUUGCCGUGGAGUUCUAAGAGUUUGGCGUACCACACCACGAUAUGAUGCAACGUAUACACACAGCUGUUGGAAGGAACAUCUGAUUUCAUGGUUUGGGCGUGUUUUUCAUAUAAUAAGAAGGCCUAUACAUAUAUGGCGGCCAGAAAUCUCUUAACAAAAGAAGGAAGCAGAAAGAGAG